UUGUUUGUCUCUUCCCCAAUUAGUCUUUCUUCUUUAAUUAAUAACAUAUUCAAACCAACCAACCAAUUAAUCAUCCUGUUCUAAGCUCUUACGUAAUUCUCACCUCUUAGGAGCCCACAAAAGGCUGGCACAUCAGAAUUGAAUAUGUUAAUCAAGAGAGUCUAAUUGAUAAUAAAUAUAAGUUGUAGAUUUUUUGGCAGUUCUUUGAGAUCUCUUUCAAAUACUUUAAUCUCUUACGCACCGGUCCAUAAUUCUCCACUAUUUAAAAGAUUGGGUGGAUCAAGGCCAUUACCAUAUACAUGUUUAGGACGGAAGAGAGAGGGAGAGAGAGAUGGGAAGAGAUGGGUAUGUUCCACUGUUUGAGACAAAGAGAGCAAAGGGUAGGAUCAUAUACAGGUUUUUUUCGGCAUCCAUAUUUGUUGGGAUAGUUUUGAUUUGGGUUUACAGAGCGAGUCAUAUUCCAAGUUCAAGAGAUGAUGGUAGACUGGGCUGGAUAGGCAUGCUUGGGGCUGAACUCUGGUUCGGCCUUUAUUGGGUCCUCACUCAGUCUCAGAGGUGGAACCGCAUCUAUCGUUACACCUUCAAGGACAGGCUCUCUCAGAGGUACGAGAAUGAGUUGCCUGGAGUUGACAUAUUUGUGUGCACUGCUGACCCAAUAAUUGAGCCACCAAUGGUGGUGAUCAACACUGUUUUAUCAGUAAUGGCAUACGAAUACCCGUCUGAGAAGCUCAGUGUUUAUCUAUCCGACGAUGGCGGAUCAGAUCUUACCUUCUAUGCUCUACUGGAGGCCUCUCGCUUCUCUAAGCAUUGGAUACCUUACUGCAAGAAAUACAAGGCGGAGCCUCGGUCUCCGGCGGCUUAUUUCGUGUCAGACCCUGAUCAAUGUGAUGCAAAUCAUGCCAAACAUUUGGCAUCAAUCAAGAAAUUAUAUGAGGACAUGGAACGUCGAAUUGAAACUGCAAUGAAACUUGGACGAAUCUCCGAGGAAGUAAAGUUAGAACACAAAGGCUUUUCUCAGUGGGAUUCAUAUUCCUCCAGACGAGAUCAUGAUACCAUUCUACAGCUAUUAAUUGAUGGAAGAGACCCAAAUUCUAAGGACAUUAAAGGGUGUACACUGCCAACGCUGGUAUACUUGGCUCGGGAGAAGAGACCCCAGCAUCACCAUAAUUUCAAAGCUGGAGCUAUGAAUGCAUUGAUAAGGGUGUCCUCAGAGAUUAGUAAUGGACCAAUCAUUCUAAAUGUAGAUUGUGACAUGUACUCAAACAAUUCAGAUUCUAUCAGAGAUGCGCUUUGCUUCUUUAUGGACGAUGAAAAGGGCCAUGAAGUUGCUUUUGUGCAGUUCCCACAGAAUUUUCAUAACAUUACCAAGAAUGAUCUGUAUGGUAGCUUGCUAAGAGUGAUAGGCGAGGUGGAAUUCCCUGGUCUGGAUGGUCAUGGCGGUCCUUUUUACAUUGGUACUGGCUGCUUUCAUCGAAGAGAUACUCUAUGUGGAAGAAAGUUUAGCAGCAAAGCAAGAAUAGAAUGGAAACACAAGAAUGAUAGAAAGACUGCAAAAAUUGUAGAUGACUUGGAAGAAAGCCUAAAGGGACUAGCAAGCUGUACAUAUGAGAAAAACACUCAAUGGGGAAAUGAGAUGGGUUUGAAAUAUGGUUGUCCAGUUGAAGAUGUGAUUACUGGAUUAUCAAUUCAAUGCCAAGGAUGGAAAUCAGUUUAUUUCAAUCCACCAAGGAUGGGUUUCUUAGGCAUUGCAGCAACCACUCUAGAUCAAUCGCUAGUUCAACAUAAGAGGUGGUCAGAGGGUGAUCUACAAAUCCUCCUUUCCAAGUAUAGUCCAGCAUGGUAUGGACUUGGAAGGAUUCAUCCUGGCCUUCUAUUGGGAUAUCUUACUUACUGUCUUUGGGCUCCGAAUUGCUUAGCAACACUGUAUUAUGCUAUCAUCCCUUCCCUUUAUCUCCUCAGAGGCAUGCCCUUGUUUCCACAGGUCUCAUGUCCAUGGUUCUUGCCAUUUGUUUAUGUGGUUGCUGUCAAGUACAUAUAUAGCUUUGGCGAGUUUCUGUGGUCUGGUGGCACAGCCCUGGGCUGGUGGAAUGAACAAAGAAUAUGGCUUUACAAAAGAACAAGCUCCUACCUCUUUGCCUUUGUGGACACCAUUUUAAGGUUACUGGGAUUUUCCGACACUGGAUUCAUAAUCAGUGCCAAAGUGUCCGAACAGGAAGUGUCCCAGAGAUACGAGCAAGAGAUGAUGGAGUUUGGAUCAUCUUCUCCCAUGGUCACUAUUCUAUCAUCUCUGGCAAUGCUCAAUCUGUUCUGUUUUGUUGGACUGGUGAAGAAAGUGGUCAUGACACAAGUGGGAAUCAGAGUUUAUGAGACUAUGGCUUUGCAGAUUCUUCUAUGUGGGGUUUUGGUUGCCAUUAACUUGCCAUUGUACAAUGCUAUUUUCCUUCGAAAGGACAAUGGCAAGAUGCCAAGCUCUGUCACAUUCAAAUCAGUUUCUUUUGCUCUCUUUGCUUGUACUUGUUUUACAUACUUGUAUUAGAUUGUUUUGGGUCUAUGUAUCUAUCAUAUACUUUGUGACUUAGAGUUUUUUAAAAUUUUUUUUUUUUUUUUAGAGAUAAAUGUGUUUGAUUUCAUUA